AUGUCCGAAUACAUUCUUUCGAUUGAGCCGGUCAGGAAAGGCGGCAAAUUGCGCCCUUUGAACGUGCAUACAACUCCAGGCACCGUUGUUCAAAGUAUCGUCACUGCGUAUGCCGAGAAGAUGAAGCUGGAUCCGAACAGGAUAUACCUGACGAUUCCUACCAAGCCAAAGGCUAAGAAACUGAACUAUGAUCUCAGUCUGGAGGCCAAUGGCAUCAAGUUUGACAGUGAUGGAAGCUUCGUUGUCAAGGUCAAAGACCUGGGCCCCCAGAUCAGCUGGAGGUUGGUUUACGUGAUCGAGUACUUUGGAGGAAUCUUUAUUCCGGCAAUUUUCUACUUCUUCGUGUACGAUCCUCACUCAAUGACCCGUGUCCAGAUUGCUUGCUUUUGGAUGCUGCUUUUGCACUUUUUCAAGAGGGAAUACGAAACGUUGUUCGUCCAUCAGUUCUCGCUGAGCACCAUGCCUUUCGCCUACGUUUUCAGAAACUCUGCCCAUUACUGGAUUCUGGGUGCUCUCAACAUCAGUUUUGCAAUUUUCUCUCAGAAUAAUUACACCUCCGGCUGGAAAAAGUGGUUUUUUCACGUUGCAGAGCCAUCAGACUUGUCUCUAUUCAGCCUCGUUGCUUUCUGGGUCAUCGCCCAGCAGUCAAACUACAGAACACACGUGAUUCUGUCGGAACUGAGAAGCGACGGCUCGAAAGAGCGCAAGAUUCCCUUUGGUUUCGGAUUUGACAUGGUGUCUUUCCCCAACUACUUCUACGAGUCCAUGGGAUGGCUGAGUUUUGCAAUGCUCAACAACAACUGGAGCUCCUGGCUGUUCUGGAUCGUCGGUACGGGCCAGAUGUAUAUUUGGGCUGUCAAGAAGCACAACCGUUACAGGAAAGAUUUUGGCGAAAGGUAUCCCAAGAACAGAAAAGCGAUGUUCCCAUAUCUGCUGUAA